GUCCGUCCUCCAGCAGGGUGCUGGUGAUGCAGGAGACGGGACAGCCGUCAGCCAAGACCUAUGCCCGUCUCCUGACGCCUCUACCACCCAUCAACUUCCCCUUCACCGUCUGCUACAGGAUCUACAUGUACCGCUUCAGGGAGGAGUCAACCCUCAUAUCCUACGCUGUGGACAACGCCAGAGACAACGAGCUCAGAAUAGAUCACCGGGUGACGGGGUACAAGGUGGCCCUCCACAGCCUGUGGACCAAUGCGGCUGUGGUGACGCCCAUCAGGUACUGGACCCACUGCUGCUUCGCCGUCGACCUCGCCUCCGGCAACUGGUCGGUCUUCCUCAACGGUGAGAAGGCUGACUCUGGGGUCCUGCCUCCAGACCUGGGCGCUCUGGAGGGUGGCGGAGUCCUGGUAGUAGGUCAGGAGCAGGACGUGUUGAGUGGAGGCUUCCAGCCAGAGCAGAGCUUCAGCGGAGAGUUCACCGAACUCAACAUCUGGAGGGAGGUCCUGGAAGAAGACUCCAUCAGACAGCUGGCAGCGUGCGUGGUGUACGUGGAGGGCGACGUGCUGGGCUGGUCCCGCCAGUCGUGGCAGACGCUGGGAGGCGUGUCGUGGGUCAGCAGGCCCCGGGACGCCGUCUGCGACCACUCCACCAGGAGGCUCACAUUCUUCCCCCACCGGUACUCUCUAUCCCAGGCCAGACGUCUCUGUCAGGUGGUGGGCGGGCAGGUGGGGGUGCCACUGAGCACAUCAGAGAACACGUGGCUGUACCAGAGGACGGUGGAGAGUGCAGAGUACUGCUCGGGCGGGCACGGGGCAGCCUACCUGUGGCUGGGUGCCCACGACCAGCACCAGGAGCGGCAGUGGGCUUACUUCUCCGGGGCCCCUCUCCAAUGGGAGGGCCCCUGGAGGGGCACGGGACCCAACGGCGAGGGAGCGGAGAAUUGCCUGGUGAUGCUCUACGACGAGUUCCCCGCCCGCUGGUCCGACAUCGCCUGCCUCGACUCCUACACCUUCUGCGUCGCCUGCGAGUUUGUUCAGCGGUCCACGCUACACCUUCGGGGCCCCGGCGUCUGUGACUCCUCCCCCUUCAACAGGGAGUACAUACUCGAGGGCGAGAGUGGAGGACGACCCGCACUCUCCGGGUUCUUUCACUCUGAUAUAACCUGGGACGCCCAGGCUGGGCACUGGGAAAUGACUUCACUCAAGGUCCCAGGAGCUGUGGCCCGCUGGACGCCCGUCACCAGCGACCAGUACCCCUUCGGCACCAAGCCCUGGACGCUGGGCCAGGACGUGUGCGGCCUGCGUGCCGGCGACCAGGUCAACAUGACCCUCUCCGUGUGUCGCCAGGGACAGUUUACCUGCGCCGACGGCACCUGUAUCGACUUCCAGAGGCGCUGUGACCUCCACGAGGACUGCCCAGACCACAGCGACGAGGCACAGUGCUCCACGGUAGUGGUGCCCGAUGGGUACCGUGCUUACCUGCCCCCUCCCCCACCUACCCCACAGCACCCCCUCCCAGUCACCUUCUCCAUCAAUGUCAUCACUUUCCCUUCUAUGAUGGCCAACGACCUCACCUUCACCACCACGCUGCAGCUUCGCCUGGCCUGGAGGGACAGUCGACUCAGAUAUCUGAACCUGAAGAAGGACUCCAGUCUCAACCAGCUGUCGCGGGAGGCCGCCGCCGGCUCCAUAUGGACUCCUCGAGUCUUCUUCAAGAACGCUCACGGCAACGUCUUCAGCACCCUCGGGGAGGGCGCCAGGGUCGAGUGCCUCAGAGAGGGUCAGCCUCAGGUCGGCGCGCCUGACCUUCCUCAAGAACGAUACAUCUACACAGGGUCGGAGAACACCCUGCAGAUGACCCAGGUGUACUCGGCUGCCUACACCUGCGAUUUUCACCUGGGCAUGUUCCCCUUCGAUGUUCAGGUGUGCACUCUCAACUUCACCCUGAUGUCUGCCUCCUCCCAGCUGCUGACACUCCAGCCGGGCCAGGCCAUCUACUCCGGCACCACCCAGCUCCUCGAGUAUACUGUUGACGGGGUGACGAUGCAGACGGGCCGGGAGGGCCACCAGUCCACCAUAGCCGUCAGGAUCCGGUUCUCCCGUCGCUGCGGCUUCUACAUCCUCACCGUCUACCUCCCCACCACCUUCAUCAUGGUGGUCGCUUAUUCCACCUUCUUCUUCAGACUCUCCAACUUCCUCGCUCGUAUCGUGGUGGCGCUCCUCACCCUCCUCGUCCUCUCCUCCGUCUACACACAGACGACGAGUGGGCUGCCCAAGACGGCGUACCUGAAGAUGCUGGACGUGUGGCUCUUCUUCGCCAUCGUGGUCAUCUUCGUGGUGGUGGUGUUCCACGUGAUGAUCGAGUACACGCUCGCCGACCCCCAGCCCCACGCCACCAGGAACUGUGUCGCCAACGGUGUGGCUCAUGGACUGGCCAAUGGUGGCCUCACCAGGGUCCAGACGACCGGGCAGCGGGCUCUAUCCUACAAGAACGGGCUAGCAGGCACAGACCCCGAGCCUCUGGAGGACUAUCCACCUGUGAGACGACCAGACUAUCCUGGAGGACCCAGGCCACUCCCUAACCACCUGCUGAUCCUCAUGGCUGGCAGGAUAUCCGUUCCGGUCACCUUCGGGAUCUUCAACAUUGUCUACUGGGGCUCGGCGAUGGGGGAGGCAGAAGAGAGUCCAACCUAACACACAGGAGUCAACCCCCGUCUCAGACAGACAGACAGACGUAACAAAAUGCGUCGCGAUAGAUACAAAUUAUUUUAAGACAAUUUUAUAUGCACAUUGCAUUGGGCACUUAGCAACUUUUCUAAUAUAAAUGUAACAUAAAAAAUAUAUUUAGAAAAAUUUUAUCUCAACAUUUUAGAGAAUAGGGUAUGGGUAAGAGUUGCUUGUGAUGUAUAAGGUACAAAGUAUUCCAUAAUGGGAUCAGGUUAUCUUGAGAUGGGAUCAGGGUAUCUUGAGAUGGGAUCAGGGUAUCUUGAGAUGGGAUUAGGGUAUCUUGAGAUGGGAUCCGGGUAUCUUGAGAUGGGAUCCGGGUUCUUGAGAUGGGAUCAGGGUAUCUUGAGAUUGAAUCAGGGUUCUUGAGAUGGGAUCAGGGUAUCUUGAGAUGGGAUCAGGGUAUCUUGAGUUGAGAUCAGGGUAUCUUGAGAUGAGAUCAGGGUUAUUGAGAUGGGAUCAGGGUUCUUGAGAUGGGAUCAGGGUUCUUGAGAUGGGAUCAGGGUAUCUUGAGAUGGGAUCAGGGUAUCUUGAGAUGGGAUCAGGGUUAUUGAGAUAGGAUCAGGGUAUCUUGAGAUGGGAUCAAGAGCGCCUUGAGCUGGGAUCAAGAGCGCCUUGAGCUGGGAUCAGGGUUCUUGAAUCUUGAGAUAGGAUCAGGGUGUCUGGAGAUGGGAUCAGGGUUCUUGACAUAGGAUUAGGAUUCUUGAGAAGGGAUCAGGAGCAUCUGGAGAAGGAAUCAGGAUUCAUGAGAUCAGAUCAGGGCUUUUGCGAUGAGAUAUGGGUUCUUGAGACGGGAUUAGGAUUCAUGAGAUGGGAUUUAGGUUCUUGAAAUAGGAUCAGGGUUCUUGAGAUGGGAUCAGGGUUGUUAAGAUGGGAUCAGGGUGUUAAUGUGGACACGAUGUUUUGAGAUGCGAUCAGGAUAUCCUUAACGGUGUUUAGGGCAUCCUGGAAGAGGUUCCAGGCAUCCUGGAAGAGGUUCCAGGCACACAAAUGUUUCUACACAACUCCAUAAUGACCUGACACCCCCCCCCCCUCCCUAAACAAAUUUAAGGAAUAGGUUUUAAAAGGAAAUUGAAUA